UAAUUUUUUAAACGUAACGCCGAACUCUGGGUUGUUCUUCGCUCCCGUCCUUUUCCGCAAAACGAUAAAGAGUCUCUCUCUCUCUCUCGCACACUAAUCCCUCUCUCUCUCUCUGUAAGAGAGUAAGAGACCCUAGAAAACGAAGGCUGUGUGCAGCGGAAGAAAGCGAAAGAUCAUGAAAAUCAAGAAGCCAUUGCAGGAGCUGAAGCUCUCCGUUCCCGUUCAGGAAACUCCAAUCUCGUCUUUCCUCACAGCGAGUGGAACAUUUCACGACGGAGACUUGCGGUUGAAUCAGAAAGGCUUGCGGCUCAUCUCGGAAGAGAAGGAAUCGCAGUCAUCAGAGAGCAAGGAGCUUGACUUUGAGUUCUCAAAGGAAGAUCUAGAAGCGAUCAAAGUGAUUGGGAAGGGAAGCGGAGGGGUUGUGCAACUCGUUCGCCAUAAAUGGGUUGGGACUUUGUUUGCCUUGAAGGUUAUACAAAUGAACAUACAAGAGGAAAUUCGUAAACAGAUUGUACAGGAGCUGAAAAUAAACCAAGCCUCCCAGUGUCCUCAUGUCGUCAUUUGCUACCACUCAUUCUAUCACAAUGGGGCUAUCUCUCUUGUGUUAGAGUACAUGGACCGCGGGUCUCUUGCAGAUGUUAUCAGACAAGUUAAAACAAUUCUUGAACCUUAUCUGGCAGUUGUUUGUAAACAGGUUUUACAGGGUCUUGUGUAUCUCCACAAUGAAAGACAUAUUAUACAUAGAGACAUUAAACCAUCGAACCUACUAGUAAACCACAAGGGGGAAGUAAAGAUCACUGAUUUUGGUGUGAGUGCUAUGUUGGCCAACUCUAUGGGUCAGCGGGAUACCUUUGUUGGAACUUACAACUACAUGUCGCCAGAGAGAAUUAGUGGCAGCACCUAUGAUUACAGCAGUGACAUUUGGAGCUUGGGCUUGGUGGUUCUUGAGUGUGCUAUAGGACGUUUUCCCUAUAUGCGAUCAGAAGAUGAAGAGGAGCGGCCGAGCUUUUACGAGCUCCUGGAAGCCAUUGUAGAUAGCCCUCCACCCACUGCUCCCCCAGACCAAUUCUCUCCUGAAUUCUGUUCAUUCGUAUCAGCUUGCAUACAAAAGGACCCUCGAGACAGAUCAUCGUCAUCGGACCUCUUGAACCACCCUUUCAUCGAGAAGUUCCAAGACAAAGACAUCGACCUUGGCAUUUUGGUAAGUAGCUUGGAACCCCCAGUGAACUACCCAAGAUAAGUUUUCUUCUAGUAUUCCAACCCUGCACUGUGUGAGGCCAAACUACCUCCUUGUCUUCUAAUACUUGUAAGUCGGAUUUCAGAGCGUUGAAGCCGAUGCAUGUAACGAUCAUCGGCUGAAUUCUUUCCUUAAAAGUACCCAAGCCAAUAGCUUUUGCAUACAUCACUAUUGUUUGUUGAUGUGAGAACGAUAUAAAAGAUGCAAUUUGGUUUGUUUGUCGUCCUUCAUGCUAUGCAUAGUGCUCUGUGCUUUGGUUUCUUCGUUGUCUUUUAUGGGGAUUUCUAGUGAAUGUGGCAGUUGUGGGAUUGGGAGAAAUGUCAAGCUCUCGAGUUUGAUUUGCUCAGUUUCAUAAGUUCCCACGCAAUGGAUGUGUUAGCCUGUACUGUAUUGUAAUGUGUUCAAGGUAUGAAGCUAAUUCGCUAAGUUCACGAGUCAGCUCGAUUCGAUGGUUUGUGUAGUUCAACUUGUGAGCUAACUCUCAUGACAUGUCUAAAAAUUGUGGUUAUCGAGCCAACUCGGCUAUCGAC